GAUGCAGUGUGAGAGCUCUCAGGCUCCCAGCGUCCUGCUGGUGGAGGCGUUUCACGGUGGCUCUCACAAACAGCUGAUCGACCUGCUGAAGGAAAACAUCGACGGCUGCUCCGUCUUCACGCUGCCCGCCAAGAAAUGGCACUGGAGGGCGAGAACGGCGGCGCUGCACUUCAGCCAGACCAUCCCCACCUGCCCAUCGUACAGAGUCCUGUUCAGCAGCUCGGUCCUGAACCUGUGUGAGCUGGUGGCUCUACGACCAGAUCUGGCCCGUCUGAAGAAGGUUCUGUACUUCCAUGAGAACCAGCUGGUUUAUCCAGUCCGCAAAGACCAGGAGAGAGACUUCCAGUAUGGAUACAACCAGGUUCUCUCAUGCCUGGUGUCAGACGUGGUGGUGUUUAACUCUGCGUUCAACAUGGACUCCUUCCUGUCCUCCAUCUCCUCGUUUAUGAAGAAAAUCCCAGACCACCGACCCAGAAACCUGGACCUGCUGAUCCGGCCAAAGUGUGUGGUCCUGCACUACCCGGUCCAGUUCCCUGAUGUCACCAGGCUGCUGCCCAAACACAAACUCCUCCGCAGGCCUGCAGAGACGUCUCACGUUGAUGACAUCAUCACACCAGAGGACGAGCAGCGGACGCCACGGUCUGAGCAGGAGGAUCCACAUCAGUCCUCUUCAGAACCCAGAACAGCCCAGAGACCACUUAGUGAGGAGGAUACCGAAGACCAGAUGAAACCUCUGCACAUUGUGUGGCCUCACAGGUGGGAACAUGAUAAAAACCCUGAGCUCUUCUUCUCCACCCUGAUCAAACUGACGGAGCGAGGACUCCACUUUCACCUGUCAGUGCUCGGAGAGACUUUCACUGCUCCUCCAGAGAUCUUUUCGGAGGCCAGACGUCUGUUAGACCGUCACGUCUUGAACUGGGGUUUCCUGUCCAGUAAAGACGAUUACCUCCAAGUGCUGUGUCAGGCCGACGUGGUCGUCUCCACCGCCAAGCACGAGUUCUUCGGAGUCGCCAUGUUAGAAGCAGUUCACUGUGGCUGUUAUCCUCUGUGUCCAAAGGCCUUAGUGUAUCCUGAAAUAUUCCCAGCCGAGUACCUGUACUCCACACCUGAGCAACUCUGCAAACGGCUGCAGAGACUCUGCAGGAGGCCUGACGUCGCCCGCAAACAUGUCAUCCAGGUCGACACCUCCUGCUUUUCCUGGACGUCUCUGAAGGAGCGUUUUGAGAGUCUGCUGGCAGGGCAGCGUCCCUGAACGCACCGCGUAGACUUCAGUCCAUUAGCGUCUGCUGGUUUGGAGGUUGUCGGAGCGUCUGCCAGGCCGUCGUCAUGCCUGACUCGACGCCACGUCCCGCAGAAAGCGGUGACUUCCAGCCAGUCUCAGGCACCUCUGAGCCCCAAAUCAGAGGCAGGCCAGUCGGCUGGAGACGCAGAGUCUGGACCUGUAAACGUCCCCGUCCUCUCGGGCUGGAGUAGAACUUUCUUUUAUGUGUGUGGUUUGGGUGGGGGAGGGGGGUUAACGUGUAAAAGCUUUCAUGUUUCCACAGGCGGUGCCACCUCAUAUAUCCGGCUGGAUCCAUUUUUAUCCUUUGUGCUGUUGAGUUUCUGUUGUUCACCACAGCGACUGAGAGGCAGCCAGCCUGUGGUUUCUGUCUGCAGCUCCACCUGAGCUGCCAGGUCCAGGACUGUGAAGAAACCAGAAUAAAGUGGAUCUGCAGACGCUGUGUAACCGCCGAGGCGACAUCAGGCAAUGUUAAAAAUGCUCAACGAAGUGGUGAAGGCUUUAUUUUCUCCAAACAAGUGACAAAGAUGUUCCAGUUUUAAUAAACUCGAGGUUUUUAUGAGACUACAUUUUGAUUGGAAUCUCCGUCUGAUCGACUGACGUCUGUUCAUCAUAUAAAUCGCCAGUUAAAUAAAAUCACACCUGUACGGAAGCUCGUUCCUGCCAAGACACAACUCCAUGAAAUCCAUAAAACUGAAAUCAAAAAGUAUGACACAGUAACUUGAGAUUCCGAUGUGAGAUAAUCAGACAGGAAGUGGAACAGGACUUCCUGUUUCUGCUGCAGAUAAAACUGGUUCUGUCACUGUGGUCGCUUCCUUUGUGUUUGAAACAGAGUUCAGAGUUUAGCUUCAGCAGCUUCAGCAGCUUGAGCAGCUUCAGCUGCAGACAAACAUCACCAGCCUUUAAAAUCUGACCUGAGGCCAGUCAAACAAACACUGUCAUCGCAGCACACAGUGAGUCUCACUGCAGCGAGCUCACGACAGAACUGAUCCAGAGCCACAGCAGCACUGAGCUACUGAGCACGCUCAGACACCUCCACCCGCUGCUUUAACCACAGCCAGCUCCGACCGGCCUCCACAGCUCCGACCGUCCUCCACACCUCCGAUUGUCCUCCACACACUGACUGUCCUCCACACCUCCACCUGUCCUCCACACCUCCAACCGUCCACACCUCCACCUGUCCUCCACACCUCCAACCGUCCACACCUCCAACCGUCCACACCUCCAACUGUCCUCCACACCUCCACCUGUCCUCCACACCUCCAACCGUCCACACCUCCACCCGCUGCUUUAACCACAGCCAGCUCCGACCGGCCUCCACACACUGACUGUCCUCCACACCUCCACCUGUCCUCCACACCUCCAACCGCUGCUUUAACUACAGCCAGCUCUGACCAGCCUCCACACCUCCACCUGUCCUCCACAACUGACACACACACACAGUACAGACAUUAAACACAGUAAACACACAUAGUAAACACAGUAAACACACACA